AUGGCGUCGAAGAAGAGGAAGUUGGGGGAUGAGGGAGGGGAGGACGGUCGCCCGGAGGAUUCCAAGCGGAGGAGCCUGCCUCCCGCCGCCGGCGACGGCAGCGCCGGAGAAAGCAAUCCGCUGCUUCAGCUCACUUCCUAUGACGACGAGGAUGAGGAAGACGUGGAUGUGGAGGUCCGGUUGCGGAGGAAUGGGGAGAACGGCCAUGGAAGGGACGGGAACGGGUGGCGGCCAGGGGAGGAAGACGUGUACAGCGACGAAGACGACCGUGCUUCAGGUCCGAGCACCGGCAGGAGUCAGCGUCUGGUGGAGGUGCGGAGGGAUUGCCCUUACCUCGACACGGUCAAUCGCCAGGUGAUUCUUUACAAUGUGUUCGGGAAAACUUGAUUUCAGUAUCUUUCGUAUUGAUGAACCUACUUAAAUGAAUGUCUUAGUUAGUCGUUUAUGACCGGUUAAUUUAACUUGAAAACAUACUGCUAAUGCGAAAGAAUGAUUCACUUAGAGAAGAAAAAUGACGAUAAACCAAUCUAAUGUUUUGAAGUAUCUUUGUUCAUUUCCCCAUGUUGGUUGGUUAAGAAUCAAUAUUGUUGAAUAUCACUAGUUGACGACUCUGGCUUAGUGGGUGCAUUGGGAACGGGGGUGUGAGCGUCUCCUGUGGUGGCCGUACCUCUUGCCUUCGUGAUAGGUAUUCUAGCAGCUAUAUGUGCUAUCCCAUUGACUUGGAUAAGCUAGGGACCUUCAUUCGGGGAUAUGCUAGGGGGAGAGAACGCUAUGGAGGAAGGUUGAUGAGUUUAACUGGUGAAGUUAGAUGCCUACCGUAGCUUUGAGAUUAGGUAAUUAUGCAGUAGAAGGCUUAGAGUGUAGAGGAAAAGGAAAAUUACAAUAUUCCCAAUAAGAUUAACUGGUGUAGCAUCAUCACCCUUCGCUUGAGAGACAACCUAGGGCAAAACAGUGGACGCAUCCAGGCAGAAAGUGGCAAGGUAAGAUUUAGAAGUCUGUCAGGUAGCAGGAGCAUACGUAGAAGAAUCGAAAAUGUGCUCGCAGCAGUUGUAAUGAAAGAUGUGUACAGAAGAGUUGUUCCUAAGGGGGUUAUAUGAGUGAAGGCGCUAGGAAAAAUAAUUGUAUAACACAGCUAAGUAAAAUGCUAACAUGCAGUCGUGUUCAUCCAUAUGGUUUGACCUGAUGCAGUUGGGCCAGACCCAAGAUCCCUUUUUCGCCAUGAUGGAGAGUUAUCUUUCUUUGCUAUCCGAAAAGGAAAGAAAAGGCUUCGCCUAACUCGUCAAGAUAGAUUAGAACCAAAUGAGAGUCAUGCUCGGAAUGAAUGCUGUUUUGGGGAAACUCACUAAUUCUGCAUGAAUUAAUACUCUUAUGUUAAUAAUUUUGAUUUUCCUCAUAGAGAUAAAGUUUCAUGCUCUGCUCAGUUUAAUCUCAAUCAAAAAAAUCAUGCUAUAUUUCUAAACUAGUCAUCAUGUGUUGCAAUCAUCUAGUGAAUAUUUCACCUUUUCUCUCGUAUGAUAUACAUGUCUCAGCCCUUUUUCUUUGUGUAAAGUUUCUUUCAUCUCUUAUUUUGCGAGUUGUUGUCAAAUUAGAUAGUGCUGAUUUAUCCAGGAAGAUUAUAAACUUUGGUUGGACUUUUGGGAAAUCAAGGGUGUUUCCCUUUUCUUGCUUUUGAUAUUUGGUUGUAAAGAUGUUCGUAAUCCAAUAUAAAAUGGGGGAGUGCUUUAUUUCUCUUUUUCGUUUAUCCCUUUCCUAUGGGAAAAUGUGAAUAAUUACCCUGGAAAUCUAGUCAAUGGAAUGUGAUUUGAAAAGUGGCUGGUGGGUUUGUAGUUGGCGUCACUUUCCUGUAGACGAAAAGAUGCAGUUGCAGAAGGUAAAAUUCUAGAAAAUGCAAUAUUGACGAAUGCAAUUAUAGGAAGCAUUCGUGUGGGGGGGGCGGGGUCAGGCACACGGGAAGAUGGUGUUCCGAGAGCAGUGGUUGUGACUGUAGCUAAAUUACGAAGAUCUGGAUGAUUUAUUUGAUGCCCAUUUACCACUGAGGCUUAAUGAUAGAAUUAAGAGAAGAGAGGUAAAAAUUUUAUGGCACUAUCUUCCUUUUAAGUUGAUGAACUUGUAUAAGAAUGCCUAGCAUUCGACAUGGCUGAAGAAAAUGAUGAGAGGGAGAAGUGGUUUUAAAACGUUAAGUUGGAUUUUGAUAGUUCAUAGAUUGGACACUGUAUAAUGGAAGUCGUCUGUAUCGUAUCGCCAACUAGAGUGAGAAAGAUAGAGCACCAACCGCUUGUCUCAGCCUCUUUCUAGUGCAUGCUAGGAUGAAUAUUCUUAUGUAGGCUGAUUGUGAUGUCUCUUGACUGGCAUUGCAUGCAAACCCUCAAAGCUGCCUCCAGUGAAAUAGAGAUCCAUCUGUGAUGGACAUAGAGGUACACAAUAGGACAUUCAUUUGUUGCAACGUGAACCAUAUUAAAAAUGGAGUCUCUACUACUUAUCCCACCAGUUGUCAGAAAAGAAAAACAUUGGACGUUUUGGGAGAACUGUCAAAUCCGGUAUGUGUCAACCUAGAGGGAAGUCUCAUCUAGUCUUGCUUCCUGGGAGAAAAGAAUUUCCUGACCACCUUUUAUCAGCCAGAUAGUGAGCGGUCACUCGGCAAUGGUAAUGCCGAUAUUUCAAUAUAUAUAAUUUAUUUUGCUUCAUAAGGCAUGCUCAUGUAAAUGCUUCGACUUAUGAAGAAUGGGUAGCUACAAUUAAGGGGAAUGUGGUGGAGAGUUGUUAAAAGCUAUGAAGUGUGUUGUUCAUGACCGUAGUCGUUAGUGUUAGACCUUUGUUUCUACAAAUGGAGACCUUAGGGGUGAUGGCGAAUAAGGUUUGACUAGAUAACGAGGGCGAUUGCAUUGGUGGCCGAAAAAAAAAGGAGGCUCUGGGGGAGGGAAGUAGUGACGAGAGGUGCUCAGAUUUGUGGGCUGGUCGUGGCUGGCAUGCUAAGGUUAAUCCCUAAAUGAUUGUGGUUUAGUGUGCCGAUAGACCCGAUGACUACGCAAAGUUUCGAUUUUGAUUUAUUUUGCAUUUGAAACUCUUGUCUGCCAUAUUAGAAGCACUUGGCUUACUGCAUUUUAAAGAACCGAGUUCACGAAAAUCACAAUUCAUUUCAACAUCAAUCAUUUAUAGACAUCUUCGAAAUAAAGUUCCCCUGUGGAGUCUCUUUUUCCUCGGUUAAAGUUCUUGCAAGUUAUGUGUAAAUUACUUUUGUCAUCAUAUUUUGUACCUUUUUCAUUUGUAUCUUCUAUAUUCUGGUUUUAUAAUAUUUUUUGUUUUCUGAAUUCUGCAAUAUUUUUGUAAAUUUCAUGAUUUUCGGAAAUAUUAUGUGUUUUCAUGCAGGUUCUCGAUUUUGACUUCGAGAAAUUUUGUUCUGUCUCACUAUCAAAUUUAAAUGUAUAUGCUUGCCUUGUUUGUGGCAAAUAUUAUCAAGGAAGAGGCCGAAACUCUCAUGCAUAUACUCACAGUCUAGAAGCAGGUCAUCAUGUAUACAUCAAUUUGCAAACGGAAAGAGUCUACUGCCUUCCUGAUGGAUAUGAAAUCAUGGAUCCAUCAUUAGAUGACAUUCGUCAUGUACUUAAUCCCAGGUUUGCACUUCAUGUUGGCCGAAUUUUAUUUAAUUUCUUUAUUCUGUACUUUGUAGAUAUUAUUCAUCAAAAUAUCGGAUUAAUCAUUGAUUAUUUUUACCGAUGGGCAUUCUGGAACGAGCUCGGUUUAUUUUUAAAGGGUACUUACUCUCAUGAUUGCACCUAAGAUGCUAUAGGUGUAGUAAGAGUGGGGAUUGACAGAGGAUGGCGAUGAAUUAUCUUUUUUGAGAGUGGGGUUUACGUGACAUUAGGUUAGGGAUGGAAAAAAUCUAGUCAUUGAGGCCUUCUUUUAUAAUGUAUGGAGGAAUUUGUUUCAUGUCCCGUGACGAGUAAUAGAAUUUUAAAAAUAAACUUUUGGAGUGAUAACCAUCCAAUAUCCUGCUCAUGUUACUUUGGUUGUAGACAUCAGGCAGAUGUUCUUCUUGGGGAUGAUUAUUGGUUUGGUAUCUUCGGUUCCUGGCUGCGUACUGUAAAGCCAAGUGUAGAUGCUCGAGCAUGGUUCAAUAAAUCUUCCUCAUGAACCCUCAUUUAUAGAAAUGGUGUUAGUCUAUUGCUGUACGAGGACCAAAAAGGAAAAAGUGUGCAGUUCUCUACAGUGGUAAGAGCCUGGUGCUCCAAAAAUAGUCCACAUCGUACAAAGGGGUUUAAGAAGAUGAUGGGUAGUGUGGCAUAAAACUUCUAAAAUCUUUGAGCAAUUUGACUGCAAAAUUGAGGAUAGAUAAAAAAAGAAUGGGUACAGACAGGGGACCCAAAAUCUUAGAAUCGUCUGCCCCAACAUUGAUCAAAUCGAUGUCUAAAGAUAUUUUUCCUUGAUCAUGUUUGAUUCCCUCUAAUAUUAUAUUUUGAGUUCUUUCUGUUUUCGACUUUGUGUCUCAUAAUGGCGGACCACUGCUUUAGCUUGUUUAUGCUGAACAUGGAUAACAAUCUAUAUUUUCUCAACCUUCUACUAUGUCACUCAAAAACCUGGUUUGGUCUAUCAUUUCUUAUGUAGUCAUCCAACUUUUUCUUGUAUUUCAUGUCGUGUCCGUGUGACUUGUUUUUCACAUCUUUCUCUGCAACCUCCAUUUGGUGCGAUCCACAAUACGUGAUCAUGGGUGCUUAUGAUUGGAUUCGGAUGUUAAUGGCUAUACUGUUUGAGAUGGUGAAACAGUUUGCCUCGCUUCAAUAUUUCUGACAUGACCAGUUCUGUUUCAAUGUUUUUCUGGGAGACUUCAUUUCUGAGUUUGAUAACAAUUUCGCUGAAGUUUUCUAUUUCUUUCAUGUCUACAGGUUUCAGAAAGAACAAGUUUUACAUCUGGAUGAAAACAGGCAAUGGUCAAGGGCACUUGAUGGCUCAAACUAUCUCCCUGGAAUGGUAACCUUUCAUAUCUUCCAAUUCUUAUAAAGUUAGAAACCUUCUUGCAAGGCCUUGUGAAGUUUAAACAUAAAUAAAUGGGUUAUAGACUAAAGCAAGGGAGAAGAAGUUAUUAUCUUCAUACAUUUUUGUUGCUCAGGAAUCGCAGUGAAAUCUUGAACUCAAGACAUCUCUUAUGUUUUUUAUAGUAAUCCUGGUUGUUCGGCAAUGUUUCAGGUGGGAUUGAAUAAUAUAAAGGAGACGGAUUUCGUUAAUGUCACAAUCCAGUCAUUGAUGAGGGUUACUCCUCUGAGGAACUUCUUUCUGAUUCCUGAGAACUAUCUACACUCUAAAUCUCCUCUACUUCAUAGAUUUGGAGAGCUUACACGGAAGAUCUGGCACGCCAGGAAUUUCAAAGGACAGGUCUCUCUUCACGUCGUUCCCAUUGACUUGGUUUAUUUCUCUGUACCCUUGGAAAAUAUGACUUGACAUUUGUUUUUUCAUUUCCCAGGUUAGCCCCCACGAGUUCUUGCAGGCAGUAAUGAAAGCCAGUAAGAAGCGGUUCCGAAUAGGUGUGCAGUCCGAUCCUGUAGAGUUCAUGUCAUGGCUACUGAAUACGCUCCAUUCUGAUCUCAGAAGUUUGAAGAGGAAGAAUAGCAACAUCAUCCAUGACUGCUUUCAGGUCCGCAGCUUCACUGAGUUCUCUUCUACAUCCUCUCAUGUUGCUUAUCAGCUCUCCUAUGCACAUCCAGGGGGAACUGGAGGUUGUGAAAGAGACUCAUCGAAAAGCUUUUGGUGAGAAGAAAGAAAACGGCGAGGAGCAGAGCCAAGCAGAUACCACGGAGGCUGGCGCAGCAACGAGCAAUGUUGUGAGAGAAACUUGCAGAAUGCCGUUUUUGAUGCUUGGUCUUGACUUGCCGCCACCUCCCCUUUUCAAAGAUGCUAUGGAGAAGAACAUCAUUCCUCAGGUGUGUGCAUGAUAGUUCAUUUCUCUGUAGAUUUCUCUCUCCUUGAAAUGCUUUCUUUAAAAAGAUAUAUAUAUUUUACACUGUGGCCAUUUAUCUUAUGCUUCUUCUGAAAUCUUACCAGACAAAUUUAGCUAAUUUGUGGUGCCAAUCAUUAUGUGUGUUUUUGUUAAAAUCAUACCAUUCUGAUCCCCUCUGUUUUCUACUGCCGUAUUAGAAUAUGAAAAGAUUUUUGUCUUUUUUUUGUGCUGAUGCCCAGUACCCAAUUUAUGAUAUUAAUCUCUCUCUCUCUCUCUCUCUCUCUCUCUCUCUCUCCCUCUCUCUCUGAGAUCAAACUACAAGAUCACGUGGAUAUCUGGAGUCUAAUGUCUUCUCCCCCACUAUGACCGAACCAGCAGUCUUCGCAAUGCCUGUCAUCAAAUUUGCCCAUCAUUAUCUUUAACCUUUCCAUGUCCCGGUACCUGUCUUAAUGAACAGAACAGUGGUUGAAAAGCUUUGAGAGCAGUAGUGCUGAGAACCAUAUUGUCAUACAAUCAGAUCGGAUCGAUGAACAUUUACGACACACCCAACGGGUAUAUUCCCAUUUUUAGAUAAAAACCUAACGGCUCCUAUGUUGUAAUGUUCCUCUGCAGGUUCCACUUUUUAACAUACUGAAGAAAUUUGAUGGUGAGACCAUCACUGAGGUUGUGAGACCGUGCAUUGCCAGGAUGAGAUACCGGGUGAUCAGGUUGCCAAAGUACAUGAUCAUCCACAUGCGCCGUUUCACGAAGAACAAUUUCUUCGUGGAGAAAAACCCCACUCUCGGUGUGCCCCUGAAUCACUUGCCUUGAUUCAAUCUUUCAUCCUCCCUGCUCAUCAAACUCCCCUCCCCCCCCCCCGAACUCCUCCAGUGAACUUUCCUGUGAAGAACCUCGAGCUGAAGGACUACAUCCCUCUGCCAACACCGAAAGAGGACGAGAAGCUGCGAUCAAAAUACGAUCUGAUCGCGAACAUCGUUCAUGAUGGGAAGCCCGGUGAAGGAUCUUACAGGGUUUUUGUCCAGAGGAAGUCUGAAGAAUUAUGGUAUGUCCUCUACCCCACCCAACCCCAUCUGUGUUCUUCAGCGCAUCAAGCUUUUAGCUUGUACUCCCACUGUGAUUUAUAGCGAAGAGGAGAUGAUCCAGCCAUUGAUGAUGAGCUUUUGGGCUUGUUUCUGCCAGGUAUGAGAUGCAGGACCUGCAUGUCACAGAGACACUGCCUCAGAUGGUUGCUUUGUCUGAGGCCUACAUGCAGAUCUACGAGCAGCAGCAGCAGCAGCAGCAGCAGCAGCAGCAGCAGUGA